AGGUAAUUUGUACUCGGUCUGAAGAGUAUAACAGCCAAGAGGCUUUAUGCAAUGCCACAGGUGAGGGGCCUAUAAGGCGAAAUCCUGGGAACAAUGAUAAAUCCAGGACCCCGAGGCUCCCAUCCUCAGCUGAUGUUGAAUUUUGCCUGUCACUGACUCAGUAUGAAUCUGGAUCCAUGGAUAAAACGGCCAAUUACAGUUUCCGAAACACUUUGGAAGGCUUUGCUGAUCCACAGACUGCAAUAUCAAACCCAUCGCAAAGCAGUUUGCAUAAUGCACUUCACAUCUACAUGAAUGGCUCCAUGUCCGAAGUACAAGGCUCAGCAAAUGAUCCUAUCUUUGUACUACACCAUGCAUUUGUCGACAGCAUUUUUGAGCAAUGGUUAAGAAGACAUAGGCCCAUGCUAGAAGUUUAUCCAGCAGCCAAUGCACCAAUUGGGCACAAUCGAGAAAAUUACAUGGUCCCCUUCAUCCCUCUUUACAGAAAUGGAGAAUUUUUUAAAUCCUCUAGAGAGCUGGGGUAUGACUAUGAGUAUCUACAAGAACCAGCCACUGACUCUUUACAAGAGUUCUUGACACCCUACCUUCAGCAAGCCCGUCAGAUCUGGGGUUGGUUGGUUGGAGCAGCUGUGGUUGGAGGCAUUGUAACUGCUGUGCUCACAGGGCUUGUUCUGGCCUGCCGAAAGAGAAAAAGAGGAACUUCUUCAGAGAUACAACCCUUGCUCAUAGAAAGUGAAGAUUACAACAAUAUAACUUAUCAGUCCAAUUUCUAGACACCUCGAGUAACCCAGUCAUGUCACUAAGGUACUAAUCAAGCAUACAGUGUUUGAUUGAUGUUUACAAAUACCUUGUUGAGUUGUGCUGCAUAAGCAGGAUGGGCAGUCUUGCUCCUCAAGCUUCUUGUAGCCUCCGUUGUAGUAUCU